AUGUUAGGAAAAUAAAAUAAUGAUCAGGAUAAUAAUUAUUAUAUUAAUAAAUUCAGAAAAAUGAAACAGAAAUUAUCUUUCUCAUUUGUACCAUCCUUACCGUUGGAUGCUUAAAUUUAGGAUCUGGAGAAAAGGAUAUUAGAGGAAUAAAAUCUAAAAAAAAUUUGCUUUAAAGAGUUUCAAAAUCAAUAUCGCAUAGAUCAUCUUCUAAAAGUCUAAUCAAAUCUUAGAUAAAUCAAUACCAUUCGAUAAGUGAAGUUUUCAAGUACUGCUUUAACAAUUGAACAUUUUGCAUUGUUGGCUUAGUGGCUUAAACAAUUGCAAUGCAAUAGUUUUAUAAUCAAAUUAAAUAAUAACAAACUAGAUAACAUUGAAAUUCAGGAGUUCCUGAAUACUAUAGUAAAAGGGGAUAUUUAAAUAAAAAAAAUAUUAAUUACAAAUAAUCCAGGAAUUUAUAAAGAAUAAAUGAUAUCUGAUCUGAAAACUCUUAUAAGACAAUAAAAUGCAAAUAAUUAUUAACAAGAAUAUAAAUUGGUAUUAAACAAAUAGUACUUGUCAAUUGCAAUCAUUAGAUAGAAUUUUAAUGAAUCAUAAGCAUAGAGAGAAAUAAGGGAAAAGAAAGCAUUUUAAAAGAUUAGUAAACUCAACUUCUUCUCGUUUUCUUUCAAUUCAACUUUUACUUAAUCUAAUUUCAGAGCCUUAGAAUAAUUAAUUAAUCUGAAUUUCAAUGAAAAUAGAAUUGAUUAAAUAUCUAAAUUACAAAUAUCAUCAAGUUUGAUUGUAAACUCAGCAAUUAUGUGUGAGUAAAUGUCUACUUCAAAAGGAUUAUUAAAACUGAAGAUGUAAUAAUAGCAAAUGCUCAAUUAUUCAGUUCCUAUAGAGAAUUUAAUGGGAAAUAGAUAUCAUAAAUUUAUAGUAAAUGAAUUGGAUAUUGAAAAAAAUAUAUCGAUUCUAGAGAAAACAUAUAAGAUCCUUUCUGACAAUAUAUUUUUACAUUGCAAAUAAAUUAAAUUUAGUAGUUCCUUGCCUUAAUAAUUAAGUACUCUUUAUAAGAUGUUUGUGAUGACUGAAUCCUUUUAAUAAUACUCAAACCAAUUAGUCUAAUAAUCCAAAGAAUAGGGAAGGAUUCUCAAAUAAAAUUUAAAAGUACUAGAUUUAUCUUGCCUUGAAAAUUAUAAUAGACAUGACUUAAUUGUCAAAUUUUUAUCAGCCUUUGUUUUUACAGAAACAUCGAAUCUAAAGAAAUUAAGUGUUCAAAAUGUUGAUAUCGGACGUACUUAAGCAUACAUCUAAACAGCCUAAAGAUUUAGAGAGUAUAUUCAACAAGAAUAGUAAAAAUACCCUUUUUAUUAAAAUUUCAAAUUACCUUUAAAAUCCAUAAAGUUACCUAAUUAAACAUAUAGAAUGGAAAGUGCAACAAUGAAAUAGUUUUUCUAAGAGUUCUUUUUUACUAGAGUAGGAGAUAUUUUAGAGAUUGAAGAAUUUAUAAUGGAGAAGUGUUUCAAAUAAUCAAAUAGAGAGGAAGGAUUAAAAGAGAAUUGUGCAGAAAUAUUUUAAUAACUACAAGCUAAUCCUGGAAUACGAUAUUCAAUUAAAAGAAUUAAGUUCAUAGAAGCAUCCUAUAUAUUUGAUAGUGUGACAUAUCGUUGUUUAUUCUUAAACACAUGUUUUAAUGUUGAAGAAUUGAUGAUACAGAAGGAUACUAUUGCAGGGGAAUUUAUUUAAUUUGUUAAUGAAACUGAAUAAUUCUUUCUUACUCAACCUUUGGAAUUCAAAUUACCAUUAUAAACAAUAAUUUUAGAUUCAAUAGAUGAAAUUGUAUUUAAUAUUAGUGAUUUAUUGCAAUUCUUUGUAUUUCAUGAUAGAAUGUAAAUUAAAAAAUUGGCAUUAAAAUCAAUAGUAUUGUUGUAUUCUUAACAGUCUAUUUCUAAAUUAGAAGAAGUGAUAGAUUCAAAACAUAAAAAUAAAAUAUUGCCUUUGGAGGAAUUUGAAUUUUUCAAUUUAAUAGAUGACGUUGGAGUUCUGCAAUUCUUUAAAUAUGUUGUAUUUUGUAAGAAUAUUCGAUUAAAGAAAUUAAAAUUUGGAAAUCUUGACUUUUCAGCUUGUGUGUACUUCUUAUAAUAAUUCAUUGAAUAACAAAAUGAAUUGAAUUUAAAUCAUUCCUUGUAAGAUUUGAAUUUCCUUAAGAUAUCAUAAGUGCAUUUUGAAGAUGAAAUAUCUUGGGAAUUCUUCUUAUAACAAUUUGUGCUUCAUCCAACAAUGAAAUUGAAAACAUUGAAAAUACAAGAAUAAAAUUUGAAUGAUGCCUUUUAUAAAGGGAUUAGUUAAUGUUUUGAGAAUUCUGGAGAAAUUUUGAAAUUAGAGUUGAAGGAAUUAAAAUAUAAAAAAUGUGAAAUUAUGGUAGAUCCAUUAACAGCCUUUUUAUACACUAGUUCUUUGAAUCACUUAUCAUUUGUUUCAUGCAAAAAUAUGGAAUAAGGUUUGAAAAUGAGUAUGGAUAAUUAUCAUUAAUCGAAUGUUAAAUAAUACAACAAUUUUAACCUUGAAUCAUUUUCACUUAAAUUAAGUAAAGUGGAGGACACAAAGAUCUUCAAAUGGUUGAUUAAGGAGAUUGCUUUAAAUCUACAACAUCAAAAACUAAAGAAACUAAACCUUUCUGAUUGCAAUUUAACUAAUGAACAUCUAAGAAUCCUAUAAGAACAGAUCGAACUCAUUAAAGAGAAUAAUCAAAAAUAAAAAUAGGCAUUUCACCUAUAUAAUUUGAAGAUUGACUCAAAUCAAUCAAUUACUGAAUAAACCUGGAUAGAUUUCUUUAAUGUUCUUAUGAAAAGCAAAUCAAUCGAUGAAUUAGAUAAGAUAUCUGAGAAGACAAGUACUCAUUAAUAGAAAUCCAGCAGUCAAAAAAAGAAAAUAAAAUAAGCUAAAUCUAUACACGAUAAGGAAUAGUAAUUAUCUAUCAAUAGGAGCAAAAUAGAAGAUCAAUAGGAUAGAGAAAUUAAAGAGAAGAUCGAUGCAUUAUAAAAGAAUAUUGUUGAAUCAACAUUAUACAAGAACGAUUUGAAUCUAAAGAGUAAGAUAGUCAAUAAUUACCAUAUCUUUACUCCAAAUUUUCCUAAACAAUUGAAAUCGUUAAAUCUAAAUAUGAAUUUCUAGGAAUUGAAUUAAAAUGAUAAAACAUAAAUUUAUGAAAGAUUGAUAUCUGGAUUGAUUAUGCAUCCGGAAAAUCAAUUGACUGAAUUAACAUUGAUUCAUUUGAAUUUAAUUUUGUUUAUGGAGAAAUGUGAAUAAUUUCUUAUCUACUCAAAUGUUUAUUAGAAUAAAUGUAUUAAAACUGAAGAUAAUAAAUGGUCAAGCAAAUUAGAAAGUUUAUCAUUAAAGAAUCUUGCUACUUAAAAUUAGAAAAGCACAGAAUAAUUCGUCAAAACAUUUAUUUGUUCCUAAUCAGUGAAUUUAUAGAAGUUACUAUUAGACAACUUUAAUGAAUAAUUGAUAGUAAGUUUGAUGAACUAAAUUCAUAAUCGAUAAGAUUAUUAAAUAACGGAGCUUACUCUCAAUUGCAAUUAUGAAUCAAUUGAAGAGAAGUACUUUGACAUGUUUGUAAACGAUAUUAUCUAUUGUCAAAGGUUUCCCUUAACAAAAAUUGAACUUAAUGGUAUAGGAGUACAAUAAAAAAAUAAGCAAAUAAGUUCAACUUAAACUAAAUGCUCAACCAAUCUUUAAUAAAUUUAUUAAAAAUAAAAACAGAUAUCUUUAAAUUAAAUAACAAUCCAAUUGAUUGAUGAGUAAUAGGCUAAGACUUUCAUUCCUAUUUUAGGACAUCUAUUAUAAUAGCCUGAAAGUAAAUUGGAAGUUAUCAAAAUACAGACAAAGGCUUAAUAAGAAAACUUAUCAUCUAAUUUCUUUUCAUAAUUAACAAAUUAAUUGACUGAUAUUUAAGAACUGAAUUUGAAGGAAAUAAAUAUUCAAGGCAAGGUAGUUUUUGAUGAGAUAUUUAUUGAAUUUUUAGAUAAAUGCAUAACAUCCUUAGAAACAUUGUAUAUUACUACAGUAGAUUUUCCAUAUUCAUAGAAAUUAGCAGAGAGUCUUAAUAAACUAAAAAGAAAGGAGAAGAAAUCUAAAUUUACAGUAGAAAUAAAAUAAGUUCCUACUGGAACUGAACAUUUCUAUGAGCAUUUUACAUUUAAUAAAAACAUCAAAGCUACUAACAUAGUAUUGAAUAGUCAUUAAAAUUUCACUUUACUUAGAUUUGAUACGAUGAGUCCUUUUAUAAAAUCAAUAAAAUUAGAUAUGAGUUUACUUUACAGUUCUACUGUUAGAUUAAACAGAGAUAAAUUAACAUUACUAAGUCAAGGAUUUAUUUACAAUGAAUAGAGUCAUGUUGAAGAGAUCCUCUUAUAUCAAUGCUAAUUAAAGAGAGAGGAGAUUGAAGCCUUUUGUUAACCAGCAGCUCAAUUCAGACAAUAGAUCAUUCAAUAAUAAAGAGAGAGUGUUUGCUAAUUAAAACUAAAGCAAUUUUCAAUUUAUUAUUCAUUGUAUAUUGGUGAAACAGGUUGUGAACUUAUUUCAAAGGAUUUAAUCUUUUUUGAAUAUAUUGAUAUUGAGAGAAUAGAUUUCUUGGUUACCAAUUUUAAUGAUCAAAUGUGUGAUCACUUUAGUCAAGCUGCCAAAAAUUGGUUAGCAUUCCAAUAAGAACAUAAUCGAAAAUACAAAGAUAAAUAUCCACUGAAAUAUUUGGAUAUUGGCAGAAAUGAGUUUGUUUAAUCAAGAGCCACUUGGGCCAAUCUACUCUAAACAUUAGUUUUUACAGAUAAAGCAACCGAAUUAUCAACUCUAAAUAUCUAAUUUAUGGGUUUUAAUGAUGAAACCAUAUCUUACCUAGUUGAACAAGCGUAAUUGUUUUUAGAUCAAAAACCAAAUGGCUAUGUAUUACCAAUUAAGAAGAUCAACUUCUCGUAAAAUAAUGCAUUGACUCACAAAGGUUGGAAAAAUCUGUUUGACAAUUUCUUUUUACAUAAGAAAGUUAAUCUUAUUGAAUUGAACAUGAUUAGCACCAUGUUAGAUACUCAAAUCAAAUUGAAUACUAUUUACGAAUGCAUUAAAAAAAGAGCCUUACAAGAACCAAAUUAAAAAUUACAAUUACAAGUCUUUUUAUGUUACAAUGUAUCUCUCAAAAAUUCUAUCGAACCUUAUCUCCAGGUUCCUGCUAAAGAUUAUCCAAAACCAAAACACUUGCCUGUUGAUAUCGAUUAUGAUAGUUGGAAGUAUGGAAUCUUUGAUGGAAUUCCCGAAGAAAUCGGUUCAAUCAUUAUGUUAGUGAAUACCUUGAUAAAAAAGAGAAAUGAAUUUAUAGAAACUAAUAAAUGGAAAUUAUUCGAAGAUAUUAGGUUUCCCAAUUAUCAUCUGAACUUCCAUUAACAUUACUUAGAUAUAUUGAAUUCCUAUAUUUAUUAACGAAAAAACAAAUUAGCCAACCUCUAUUUAAAUUUAUCCACUCUUGAUAUUAUGUGCCAAUUCUUUAACUAUACUACAUAAAUUAAAGCCACUCCUUAUCCCUAUAGAUUAGUAUUUUCAGAGGAAUCAUUACAAUACUUAUCAGAACAACAGAUUAAAAUAAAGAAAUUAAAGUUGAUUUAAACCCCAUUUGCAAAAUUAGAAAAACUCUCUUAAUUGGAUGCCCUCUAAAUUUGGUAGUAAAUUCGUUAAUUAAAUAUUCAAAUUCAGAAGAUUGAAAUGGAAUACCAUUUGAAUGAUGAAUUAAUAGAAGAGAUGUUUAAGUAAGACUAUAAUGAAUCCGAUCUAUUGGAUUUGAUUACAUUAAUCCCUCCUGCUAAAAUCAGAAUUGAAAAUACCUUGACUUUAAAUACACUCAAAGGAUUUUAUAGUAUUCUACAUAACCAGUACUACUUCUCAUCAUCUAUUGUCAAAUAUUCAUUCAAUGAUUGGAUCAACACAGGCUUAGCAUAUUAGAUAAGAGAGUAUGCUUAUAAUUAUGUGCCCAAGUCCUCAAUUUAAUCAAAACUUAAAACAAUUGGAUAUAACUUAAGUAAUUGGUUGGUCAUUCCGCAAUAAACUUAUACAUCUUACAAUGACAACGAAUAUCUACAGUAAUAUCUUGAAAAAGCCUUUAAUCCAAUAUUAGUAGUCACUUUAAUUAAUAUGUUUUACUUGAUUUUACUCAUCAUCUUACCAUUUUAACAUAUAAAUAGAUAUUCAUUAGAUCAUCAAUUAAAUUUUAGUCUAUUAAACCCUUUCCAAUUUAUAAUAUUUGCUUCAACUGCUUACGAGUGCUAUCUCAUACACAAUUUAUUAAGAAAUAGGCCAACCUCUUGGAAAUAACUGAUAUUAAGAUAAGUCUAAGACAUACCAAAAAUGGUUUUAUUAAAAUUCAUCCCCUAAUUUAAUGCCUUUUCGAUAUUAAUGUUCUAUGAAUCUGAAUCCUACAUUAUAUUCACUCUCUUUAUGAUCAUCUAUCUUUGUCAUUAUUUUUCAUUGCUAUUUUAGAAUUCAAAAAUACUCUACUAAUAAUAUAAGAAUAAAAAAGCCACUCUUUAGGAAUUAUAUCAAUUAAGUAGAAUAGGUAAGUUUACAGAGGUUGAAAAUAUAGUAAAUGAAAUCUUGCCAUUUAAUUCAACUGUUAUUAAAAAAACAAAGUUAGCAUAGAGAAUGUUGCCAAAAAGUGUUUGGGGAAAAGCUAUUCACAAUAAAAUCUAUUAUAAUUUAAGGGAAUUUUUAGAAAAAGAUUUACCAUUUAGUAUUUUAAAUACAGUCUUCAUACUUUCAUAAUUAUGUAUGAAUGCGAUAACAUUAUUUUAUUAGUUAUCUUACAUAGGACAAUUGGUGUAGAUAUAUAUUUCAUUUAAAAAUUUCAUUUCUUAUAGACCAUCAGUCAUAACCUAGGAUGAUUUUGAUGUGAUUUGUAAGCGAAACAAAAAUAGCUACAACAAAACCAAAUUACACUUAUUAGAAAAGGAGAAAUAGCAAUUGGAAUUAUAUGCAACUAUCUAUAAUGAGAAAGAAUUAAAAAAUAAGAAAAAGAAAUGA